AUGCUAUCCCGGAUUCAACAAACUCAGCUGAGGGAGACAGCGCAGCCACCAUAUGUUUAUCGUCCACCCACACCACCUCUGCACACUCUGCGUGCUGCUCACUCGCGCUCUCCACCACGCAUGUCUUUGGAACAACCACAGGUGUCGAACGGUGACACGUCUGGGAGAUCUAAUCCUUCUAGCAGCGUUAACUUGGAUAUGUUCCCGCCUGGAAUAUACCGCGAUUCGUUGCGACGGUCGAUACAAGCGAACCAAGCACGCAGUGAUUCCCGUGUACCAGAGCCAGAACCGAUGCCUCCCGUUCACGAGCCUUCCACAAUGUUUUCUUUCGGGAACUCUGAUGAGGAUAACGAUAGCGAAUGGCAUGGAUUCUUACUUUGCCUUUGGUAUAUCGCCAAGGCGUGGAAGGGAAUGCACAGCAGCCACGAGAACGAGGACGUUUUGGAUGGCACAACCAGCAAUAAAUAUUGGAUCGAUGUUCAGCUUCGUUGGGGCGACUUCGAUACCCAUGAUAUCGAGUGUUAUACUCAUGCCAAGUUCUUGGACUACGUGUCCGACUCCAUGAGUAUCUACCUCUCACCAAAACCACACUUCGUCUGGCCCACUCUUACAGAUGAUGAACGGAUCAAGGUUGAGGUCGCAAUGAAGGAUCUUAUCUUGGCAGUGAGUGAUACCACACACUUUUUGAACUCUAACUCAUCGAGUCCAAGGAUUUCGGCAAGCGGAACAGUGUCAACGGACACGCCGUUGUUGUUCUGGGCAGAGGAUCACCGACCUGCUGCAUUCUCGACCUUUGCGAACUUGGAGCAAGGCGAUGAUAGUGCCGAUGUUGAAAACGGUUUCGCUUGGUUUAUUGCUGCUCUUCGUUUAACUUGCUGUUCUCAUGUAGCUGCAUAUGAAAUCUCACUUGUACGAAAUAGUUUAUCCAUGCAAUAG